CCUGCACAUCCUGAUAUUUGAUUUUCAACAUUCAUCAAAUUUGAACAUAAUGUCUGACCCGAGACUGGUUGAUAUGGAACCCGGUGGGGAAAGCACACAAUACGAAUCCAUUCGCGAAUUUACUCUGACGCCGGAAAAGGCGACCGGGCAACUCGGCGUGGGCCAGCCACAUACUAAGAGUGAAAAGAAGUUCUCCCUGGGCUCGGACGAGAACGGCACAGGAGACGGAGAAGACGAGGACGAGUAUGCUAUGGCACAGAGGCUGGGAAUGGGACAAUGUGCUGAAGACAAAGGUAAUUGACAGUCAUGUAUCCUUCGGUCUAAACUCCUAAUAUAACGACAAAGGCAUCAUACUCCAAAUAUGGCGUAUAAGGAUUCGGAUAUGAUGCGCACAAAGCUGACAGAUAAUGUACAGAAAAUCGGAAUUCCGACAACCCAUUCGAUGCAGAAGCCGCGAAAACCAGGAGAGAGCAGGGGUAUGGACCUGGCUCCGGCGUCGGGGCUUGAUUGGCACGGUGAUAUCGGCAAGGAGAGACAUGGGCGCCUAGGCCAUGAGAGAGAGGGUAUGGCGAUUUAUUGAGGAGCGGUAGGGCUGGAGGAAGUGGUCUUUGGCGGGUUCUCGAGAGCGUUGGUUCCCAGAGGAGGGUCUCUGCGGGCGCGUUUGAGGGAUUCUAGGGUGACGCCGUUUCCGAGUUUGGUGAUUCCGACGACGGGCGGGUCAUCCUUCUUAACAAAUUCCCAGAGACCUAGUGAGAGAAUAAUUAGUAUGCACAGUGACAGAACAAAAUUGUGACGUAAAUCAAAACAUACCCGGCAACUUGUGGCCAGCCAAUCUGAAUGCCUCCCGGGCAACCUUUUCGUGCAGAUCUCCCUUCAACUCAAAGACAAUUCGGCUAACGGGCAAUCGGACGGUCCAGUAGUCGAAUUUACCCUUACCCUUACCCAUACGCUGCUCAUUACCCUUAGUGUAGACACCAAUGUUGGCACUGACACGCUUGUACAACUUGUAGUUCAUGCCACGUAGCCGCCUCUUGAUCGUUUCCUCUGCGAUCUUGAGGGCCGAGGCCGGCAUCCGACGGUCGUGGUCCUUCAUGCGAAGACCAAAGUCUCCCCACACCACUGUUGUUCCGCGAGUUGAUCCUCCAGUAGCGACGUGUGGGCGACCCUUAGGGGACUUGGAUUUCUCGGCAAACUUUGGA